CACAAAUAGAUGAAUAUUAGAAAAAAGAAGAAGCUAUAUGAUUGCAAUCUUCUGCAUGACCUUCCAGUCUCACGUACUCGAUAGUAAUAUCCGGCAUCAUUCGCUAUUGUUUUAAAAGUAACAAUGUUUCCCACAGAGUUGAUGGACGGUUUUCGCUUUCUUGAAGAAGUUUACAUAAUUACUCUGUUGAUUGAUUUUUAGAGGUCAGAUGAAUUUAGGAAGCUAAUAAGACUAUGCAGUUUGCUUAGAUUGAAAAUGGAAUACAAAUUUUCGUCCAUUAACUUGAAAUCGAGAAGGAGAAUAGAUCGAUCGUUUACUUAGAAGUGGACGAACGCAAUACGCUAGCUUCAUAGCACCUGCUGAAACAUCGCUACGUUCACAUAUCCUGUUGAUCCAGUAUCACAACGCCAACAAAAUUAUUUUCAAAACAAUUUGUAGCAUUUUUUUCGGCAGAGGUAAUGGAUAACUCAACGGUAUCUGGCGGUCGAACACCGAUUCAUCCUUCUGUGUAUAUCAUUUCUGCGUCAUUUUUGAUCUUGGUAUCUAUCACUGGUAUUGUAGGCAACGGCCUAACCAUUCUGUCUGUAUUGUUUUCGACUAAACUAAGAACCAAAACCAAUGUCUUUUUGGUCAACCUUGCAUUGGGAGAUUUGAUUGUUUGCUUGUGUAUUCAAGCGCAGAUCGUGACUCUAUUAUCAUCCCGUGAGCCGCCCAUACCAGAUAUACUAGUACAACUGAUUGGAGUGGUGGCGAAGGUGUUAUUGUUCAACACAAUCUUCACCUUAGCUGUUAUUGCCUUCAUGAGGUGUGUUAAGAUUACAAAACCAUUGGGUAUCUUCGACGAUCUUUUCACCAAACCAAGAAUAGCAGUCAUCGUUGGCGGUUCUUGGGCCUUGUCAGCAGUGAUCAAUACCAUAAUAUUCUUUUUAAGAGGAUCGCGUUUUCGUUAUGACUCUGGUGCAAGACUGUUCAGGCCUAGCGCAGUCGCCGUAUCAAAGAUCGCUGCGGUUGCUUGUUAUAUUACUGAUGGAGCUUGUGUCGUUCUUUCUAUCUCGAUCAUAUUCAUCUCUUACCUCAAGAUUAUUCUUUAUAUAAGAGCUAAUACAAGACGAAUAGCCGUCCUCGUAGAUGUACCCCCGGCAGCACUUCAGAAUCAGCCCCCGAUAGCUCUUGAAACUAGGAACCAGGGACAGGCUGCAAGACAAGAACGUCCCAAUCAGAUGGCAGACAACAGAUUUCGGGCUCGUGAAGUCAAGGUCACAAAGAAUUUGGCUUUGGUUACUACGCUGUUUCUCGUAUCUUUUCUACCUUUUCCCCUCGUACCAAACCGUUCUAACCCUUAUCUGUAUAUGAGUAAUAUUUGUUUGGUUUUGAGCAACGCUGCAGUGAACCCGCUCAUCUAUGCCGUCAGACAUGCUGAUUUUCGGAAGGUAUUUCGGUGCCUUUUAUCUGGGUCUUUCAAGGAGAUUCCUUUCCCUUCUCGCCAAUUGCGAGCUAUGAUAUCAGACCAAUAAUCCCUAUCUAUCACCUUUAUCAAAAAUGCCCCGAACGAUUAUGAUAUUUACACACGGCGAUGGGGAGCGGGGGGGGGUGUCGUGGGAGUGUGUCCUCCUAAGUCGUCGCGUCACCAUGAGGGAUUGAUUUAAAAUCUUACGACAUCGCCGGGCAAGCAUAUACUUGUUUUGUUUUCAUGGGUUACCCACUAUAGCUCUGCACUGUUAAACAUAUUUUACAAGCUUUGCUUUUCAGUGGACCCUCCAUUUUUCUUAUGAUAUACAGUGCGUAUAAAAAAAACG